GGCUAAGUGGGAUAUACUAGAGCCCCUGUCCUAGGUGAGAUUUUGAGACGGGAGCUUGCGGGUUGACUGGCCAUCCUUCGAAGGAUUCUGCCCUACAGCGCUAGUUGAUCAAAUCCCAGACCAUAGCCGGAACUUCGGAGUGAUAUCCAGCAGGCAGCGGCAACUUGGGGUUGGAUUUAAGCGGCUUCUCCCCCGUCGAAGCUUACGCAAGUUCCAGUCUUGCAUGCGUUCUCGAAAUGGAUCCUUCUCAGUCUCAAUCAAAAUCCGCUGCGUCGAGCUCCAGCUCGAUGUCAUCAAGUCCGGACCCGGCCGACUGCGGGCUUGCCCCGCUGCCGACCGUGAGUCGCGGGAAGAAGAGAAUCCCGGGAAUGUCUCCCCAGAUGGCCACAUUUUCUCUGGGAAAGCGACCACGAGCUAAGCGAACUUGCGCAGGCAAAGUCCGAUCGGGGUGCAUUACGUGCAAGCGGCGACACAUCAAAUGCGAUGAAACUCGCCCCUUUUGUCUGAAAUGCACCAAGUCGCCUCGAGGGCCAGGCGUAUGCGAAGGCUACGAAUUCCAGCAGAAGCAAUCAGAUCAUCGUCAAACUCAGCCACGCCUGAUCAUCUCAAAGGGAACUUGGCGGGUCUGGCCUGCCGCCGUCCUCAGGGAACCCGGCUACGAGUCCGCAUUCUUCAGCAACCCGCAGGAGAAGGUCUACUUUGACUUUUGGCAGCAUCUCGUGGCUAACAUCUACCUCUUCCCAAACGACAUCAUGGUCCGCGUCGUUCCGCAGCUCGCGCGCCGUGAGCCAGCGAUCAAGCACGCCGCUCUCGCCAUGGCCGGAAUGGCUCGCGCGCUCGUUCCGUCGCUCAUCAGGCGGUCCCGGAAGGAACUCCACGACAACGGGCCACACUACGAGUUCGCUCUACAGCAAUACGGCCGCGCGAUCAAGCUUGUGCGCAGCUCUCAGCCGUCGAGCGAGAACAUGCUCUGGGCAAUUGUCUGCUGUGUGCUCUUCGUUACGUUCGAGUGUCUCCAUGGCGAUCGCAACGCUGCUUUAUCGCAUGUGAAUCAUGCUUACAAGAUGAUGGAGACCUACUUCAACCAGCGUUCGAUGGUUGAGGACGGUCCCGUGACGGACUCAAUCCGCGCAGUGUGUGACGAUGCUGCGUGGGUGUUUCAGGGUCUGACGAUGCAGGCCUGGUCGCACAAUGUGCUGCACUCCAAGGAUGCUUCGCAAAUUAGUUGGUGUUGCCGGGGCAGCAAGCGUACUUAUGCUGUUGAGGAGAUGCCAGCCAUUUUCACAGAUGUUCACAUGGCACGGCGUUGGUGGAGGGUUGUGCAGCACUACACGUGUCAUAGAUGUCCCAUCUAUACGGAGAUGUUCGUUGAUGGACUCUCGAAGGAGAUGCUCGUGGGCAGUUAUGUACGGCCAGCUUUAUCUCCGAGUCACCUGGAUGAGCUGGCCGCUGUACUCCCCGAGUUCCUUGGCCAUCUACGACGUUGGCAAAAUGCUUUUCAAGGUGUCCACGACACCCUGAAGGCAAAUGAGGCAAACGAUUUCCACGCUUACGUAGACGCCUGCAAUUUGCGCGUACAGUAUCUCACCCUCUGGACCGAUGUCUCGAGUCUAAGCUACAAGGACAUCAAAAUGAUGAUCAUGCUGACGCCAUCAUUCCGCGAGAUGGUGCAGCUUAGCCGUAUCGUUCUUUCGGCGCAACAGAACUGCGGGGGAUGCACUGAGACUUUCAGCAUGGACAACGGUCCCACGCUACCGUUACUGAUCGUCGCGUGUCGAUGCCGGGAGGACAGCGUGAGACGAGAAGCUACAGAGCUGCUGGGAAAAUACCACCGCCGAGAUGGGCUUUGGGACAGCAGGGCUUUCCACAGCGUCGCACUGAAGAACGUGGCGAUUGAGACGGAGAAUGCGAAAGACGGAGAUGAUGUUGAGCAAUGGUCACGCAUGUCGAGACGUGAGGUACGCUUCAGCCGUGAAGGAGAUGUGUCUGGCAGGAUGUUUCGAUGGCAACCGGAUGUGAAGGAGUGGAAGCGUGUUGAAGAAUCUUUGUCGAUGGUUUAUUAGGACGCAGUUUCGUCCGCAAGGUGGCCUCAUUUAAUGACUAGGAAGUAGACUAACGUCUGUAGAAAGCUCACAGUCGGCGUUUGAACAAUCUCAGAGUACAGGAAUCCGUUCAUUUAGAAGACUGUCCUUGCCGCA